UGGGCAUUCUCAAGCAGGCUAAUCAUUAAUUUUUGAAUUUAAAUCAUUCAGAGAUAAGAGAAAAAUAUAAAAGGUAUCUUUUCCCCAGAACUUUCUGCUGAACAUCACUGACUCAAAUCAUGAAGUGGAUCAUUGUACUCUCUCUGUUUGGAGUGGCAUUCACUGCCCCUUUUGAUGAUGAGGAUAAGAUUGUUGGUGGGUAUGAGUGUAGAAAGAAUGGUGUGCCCUAUCAAGUGUCUCUGAAUGCUGGAUACCACUUCUGUGGAGGCUCUCUGAUUAGUAAUCAGUGGGUCGUGUCAGCUGCUCAUUGUUAUAAGUCGCGUAUUGAGGUGCGUUUGGGUGAGCACAACAUUGAUGCCAGCGAAGGAACUGAGCAAUUCAUUAGCUCUGCACAGGUCAUCAGACACCCCAGUUACAGCAGCAACACACUCAACAAUGAUAUCAUGCUCAUCAAGCUUAGCAAAGCUGCCACCCUGAAUAGCUAUGUGAAAACUGUGGCUUUGCCCUCUGGCUGUGCUUCUGCUGGUACGAUGUGUCUCAUUUCUGGAUGGGGAAACACCCUCAGCAGUGGCACAAACUACCCUUCCCGUCUGAUGUGCUUGGAUGCUCCAAUCCUGAGUGACACUACUUGCAAAAAUUGUUACCCUGGACAAAUCACUUCCAACAUGUUCUGUGCUGGCUACGUUGAGGGAGGCAAAGAUUCUUGCCAGGGAGAUUCGGGUGGCCCAGUUGUGUGUAACGGACAGCUGCAGGGUAUCGUGUCCUGGGGUUCUGGCUGUGCUCUCAGGAAUAAGCCUGGUGUCUACACCAAAGUCUGCAACUACAAUUCCUGGAUCAGGGACACCAUGAGCCGCUAUUAGUUCCUUCGGAUGUUACAUUUUGUGACAUUAUUAUAUAGAUGCUCAAUAAAACAACAGCAAAUGUAACUGGACAAAUAAACUAAAUAACUUUUACCUCCGCAAA